AUGUCUUCGCCAUCUAAACCUCGAAAGGCUCACUCCAAUGCGGCGACUCAGCGCAUCAAGGCCGUUGUUCGCAAGCUCCCUCCCAACCUGCCUGAGGACGUCUUUUGGAAAAGCUGUCUGCAAUGGGUCAAUGAGAAUACCGUAAAGGAUAAGUGGUUCAGACAAGGAAAUCUCAAGGGCGCUCGCUUCAGUGCAGCGAGCAUCUUUUCCCGCGCAUAUAUCGCGUUCAAGACGCCUGAAGAGCUCGCCACUUUUAGCCAGAAUUACGAUGGACAUGCAUUUAGAGACAAGCAAGGCAUGCAUUUCACCGCGUAUAAGACAUAA